GAAUGGGAGUGUUUCGUGCUUGGUUGAAUUCGUGGGGAGACCAGGAGCAAGAAAAGAACAUAAUGGAGCAACCGAUAGAAAUUUUUCGAAAUUCGAAAAUUUUAAGCGAUGAGGAGUUGAAGGAAUACUACCAGAGUGUUUUUAACUGCUGCGACGCAAAUAAAGACGGUCUUGUAAGCAUAUUCGAAUUAAAAACUUUCUUGGAAACUCAAGAACACAUCGAUAUUCCAGACAAUGUUUUGGAAUGCCUGUAUAAUAAAUUCGACACCAACAAAGAUAGACAACUUGAUUUUGAAGAGUUCCUAGAGAUGAUUAAUGACAGGACGUUUAAAGAAACCUUUCGAAAUAUAGCUAAUAGAGUUCUGAGAUUUAUAAUAGUACCCCAGAUGAAUCGAAAAACUUUAAAAUUAAGAAGAACAGUCACAGUCACAGGAAGUUACGAAAGCGAAGUAAAGUGUAAUAAAAACAUAGUAGGAAUGUUGAUAAUAUCCAUUAUUCAAGUUAUUCUCUACUACACCAAUGCUGCAUUAUGUCCAACUUAUCCGAUAGAAGCUGCACUAGUUUUUACGCCAUUCAAAAGGCGAGAGAUUUAUAGAUACGUCACGUAUAUAUUUUUACAUUCAGACCAAAUGCACUUAUACGGUAAUGUGAUAAUUCAAAUUAUCAUUGGAAUACCUUUAGAGAUGGUUCACAGUUGGCGAGUCCUUGUUGUCUAUAUUGUCGGUGCUAUUGGAGGAUGCUUAACUCAUUCUGUCCUAGACAGAUUUACGCCACAUGAUAAUGGGUUAAAGACGAUAGCCGAGUUGAAGGGGGGCAGUGGUGGAGUUUUCGCCAUAUUUACUGCUCAUAUUGCUUCAGUUAUCAUGAAUUGGCGAGAAAUGACUCAUCCUGCAGUCCAUCUUCUAAUAUUUGGCGUCGUUAUCGCUAUCGAAGUAGUCUACAGCCUAUUCAAAUUAUCACCAGAUGAUACAAUAUCGUAUUUGACACAUGCUGGUGGAGCUGUAGUAGGUUUACUGUUUGGUGUUAAUAUACUGAGGAAUCUUCGAGUUAAGAAGAUAGAAAAAAUCAUUUGGUUCGGUUGCUUGAUUACAUUAUCGGCAUUGUUUGCUGUAUUCAUAACAUUGGAUGCUGUUAUGGAUGAUCCGGAAAUGGAAAUAAAAACUUAUGGUGAUGUAGAGCCUAUACAAUGUUCUUAAUUUUUUUAAAAAUAAAUUUUUUAAUAUUU